UGCGAGCAACGGAUACUUCCCGAGCAGAAUUGUUAUGCUCUCUUGGCACGGCGCCGCCUUUGUACGCCACUAAGAUUUGGCGUAUAUAAGGUAGCUUGGGGUGUCCCGUCCCGUCAAUCGUCAAAAAAGUAAUGUAGUCCGGGGAAAGCCGAGCGCCAUCCAACUAUUAAAGCUUCAUUCGCUCCCUCCCUUUCUUUGUCCCACAAAUCGGGUCCCUAAUGGCUAGUGUACUUGUUGCAUAUCACCGUGCGCCGGCGAUGAACAUCAUAUCUGUUGACAAGGAGCGAUUUGACCUUGAUGGUGACGAGGGCGCUGACAUCCCGGACAUCCCUCUUCGCAGGAGGCCGAAUCAGGGACGAAGCUCUCCAGCCGAUCUGGGCUUGAAGACUGCCAUGACAUUAGAUAACAUCAUAGCAGGAACAAGAGACCUCAGCAUGGAUCCCGCAACAGGCAGUCCCAUCAGCCACAGUGGGCCAAGGCACGGCGAAAACCAACACAGGGGAGGACUCGGCACAAGCAUCAAAUCACCAGCGUCCAUCCGGGUCCGCUCGCCCGAACCAGACGUGUUCACUAUGGGAACCCAGUCACCACCUCCAUCGACAUAUCAGCCGAGCACAUAUCAGCCAAGCACGUAUCAGCCUAGUAUUUUAUCCAACAGAUCCAAGGCCGCAUCGACAGCUUCCACAUAUCUCAACACUGCCGUAUCCUUGGCAGCGCUUCAGACAAAGGCCGGCGACGAUGACACAGCACUCGAGCCAUUAAUGGAGGAAGAUGUUGAGCCGGGGAGCUUCGACCUCGUUGGGCCGGCCGUGGGAGAGGCUGGCCUCUACUCGUUGGAAAAGCGUUCCGAACUGUUGUUUUCCAAGGAGCACCUGCAGACGAUUUUUGACGACCCCAUCAUUCUGCAACGUUUUACCACGUUCCUGUGCGGUCAGCGCCCGUCGUCUCUGCCGCUUUUGAUCUACUACCUCGAUGCGCUCAAGGCGGUCAAGGCCGUCGAGUAUUCCAACGCGAUUAUCGAAGCCCUCGAACCAAUCCCAGGACACGACUUCACUGGCCACGAAGUCAUGGCGACGAUCAACGAGUCUCUGAGACAGCGUGCCGAUGCAGCCUUCGAAGCGCUGGCGAGGGACGACCUGCCUGCGUAUAUCACACACGUCUGGACACAGACUGUGAGCAUAUCCAUCAGGAAACGUAUCACCGGUACUCUGCCGCCGCACCUGCGCGAGAUGUCCGAGGGUCUGGCUGAAGUUUUCUGUCUUACUGAUCCUUCAAGACAUGACAACCCAAUCGUUUUUGCCUCUGAAGAAUUUCACCGGACGACGCAGUAUGGCAUGAAUUAUGUACUUGGCAGGAACUGCAGGUUCCUCCAGGGACCAAAAACAAACCCGUUUUCAGUCAAGCGUAUCAAGGAGAAGGUGCUCGCAGGCAAGGAACACUUCGAGACGUUUUUGAACUACAGGAGAGACGGAUCACCAUUCAUGAAUCUUCUGAUGGUCGCCCCGCUGUACGACAGCCGCGGCGCAGUCCGGUACUUUAUCGGCGCCCAGGUGGACGUCUCCGGUCUCGCCAAGGACUGCGUCGGCCUCGAGUCCCUGCGCCGCUUGGUCGACGAGUCCGAGGAAAAGGACAAGGACAAGCCGGACGAGGCUGAAGCACAAGCCCCCGAGAAGAAGGAAGAGAUCCGCCAGCUCUGCGAGAUGUUCAACCUCCAAGAGCUCGAGACGGUGCGCAAGCACGGCGGCGCCAUGCACCGGCUGCACACGCACCAGGAGCACCUGCAGGCCUCGGACGCCCCGCAGCCGCAGAACUGGCACAAGCCGCGGGUCCUGAUCCGGGACGAGGCCAGCAGCAUCGGCGGCGGCGAAGACCGCGACCCGCUCGACGACCUCGACGACGACGACGACGACGACGACCUCAUUCGUCGCAAGGGCGGCAAAGCCACGUCUGGCAACAACGGCGCAUCCGCCGCGAGCGCGGUCCCGCACAGCGUACCGGCGCCGUCGGCCCCCAGCGGCAGGCUGUCGGGCAUCUUUGAGAACUACCUGCUGGUGCGGCCGUACCCGAACCUCAAGAUCCUGUUUGCGAGCCCGAGCUUGCGCGUUCCCGGCAUCCUGCAGAGCCACUUCAUGAGCAAGAUCGGAGGUUCGUCGCGGGUGCGCGACGAGCUCACGGCGGCGCUGGCCGAGGGCCACGGCGUCACGGCCAAGGUGCGCUGGGUGGCGUCGGCCAAGACGGGAGAGGGCCGCCACCGCUGGAUCCACUGCACGCCGCUGCUGGGCGGCAACGGCGCCAUCGGGGUGUGGAUGGUCGUCAUCACCGAGGAUGAAGAGGCUAUCGCCGGGGUCUCGGGGGCGCGAAGGACCCGUGAUGCGCCCCCGGUCGACCUGAGCGACGGCGCCAGCAACUCGCACAAGAGGCACGCCAGGAAGACCUUUAUGAGUGGGCUCUACGGGGACGACGUCUAUUCAGGGCCGGAAUCGAGGUCGGCAAGUGUUGCCAUGCCGUUUCGGCACCCAAAUGGAAGUAUGAUCAGCGGAACCACGUCGAGCUCGCCCUACACGCUCAAGAUUGGCGAGGAGUGAAAGGUCGACAGUAGAUAGGACCACGGCAGACCGUUGGUCAUCAGUGUAAUACGUUGCCUGUGGUGGCUUUAGUUUCAUGUUUUAGCAAAUUAAUGAUUUCUUUUUGGGGUGGAUUUUCUAGGGUUCGACAGUAUAAAACUUCAUAGCGAUGCUUUUUGAUUCCGCGCAUUACCAGAACCAAGC